GACCGCUUGCUAGAUUUCAGCUCACUGGUUGCUUGAUAUGCACGUUUCCGAAAACUGUUGGUACUGCUGUUUUAUUGGUGAAAAAUCACGAUCUUUUACGUUGAUGUUUGUGUGACACUGAGAGGCAGAGGGGAGGAGCAAUGGAGACUCAGGACGGCGGGAGCAAUGACAUAGAGAACAUCGAGGGUACACGGAGGGAGAUGGAAAGGAAUGCAUCAGGGUUUUAUGAGAACGAGAAUGAUGCAGGAAGUGUGAGGCAGCCGCUGCUGAGGAAGCGCACCAUGAAUACCACCUCCCAGAUCGCCAUUGUCGGUGCUAAUGUCUGCCCCAUCGAGAGCUUGGACUACGAGUAUUUUACAGCGUUCUUAGCCUAUGGUGGCAUCAACCUAAUUUUGGCAGCGGCGGCAGCUGCACUCUGUGCUUAUGUUGCACCUGCAGCCGCUGGGUCUGGCAUACCUGAAGUGAAAGCAUAUCUAAAUGGAGUUGAUGCUUACUCCAUACUAGCUCCUAGCACGCUCUUCGUGAAGAUUUUUGGGUCAAUUGGUGGGGUUUCUGCCGGAUUUGUAUUGGGUAAGGAAGGACCUAUGGUACAUACAGGAGCAUGCAUUGCCAACUUAGUUGGACAGGGUGGAUCUCGCAAGUAUCAUCUAACAUGGACAUGGCUCAGAUACUUCGAAAAUGAUAGGGAUCGACGAGAUCUCAUAACCUGUGGAUCUGCAGCAGGAGUAGCUGCUGCUUUCCGAGCACCUGUUGGUGGUGUUCUCUUUGCUCUUGAAGAAGCAGCUUCUUGGUGGCGGAGUGCUCUUCUGUGGAGAACAUUCUUCACAACCGCUAUUGUAGCUGUAGUAUUGCGAGGCUUAAUAGAGUACUGCCGCAGUGGAAAAUGUGGACUAUUUGGCAAGGGAGGAUUAAUAAUGUUUGAUGUCAGUUCAAAUGUUUCCACAUACAGUACUCCUGUUUUGAUCGCUGUAAUAGUUCUUGGAGUCAUUGGAGGUGUAUUCGGAGCCCUCUUCAAUUAUCUGCUCGACAGGAUCCUUCGAACUUACAGCUUUAUAAACGAGAAAGGUGCUCCGUUCAAGAUUCUACUCACUAUCACCAUAUCGAUCCUCACAUCUUGCUGCUCCUACGGGCUACCUUGGCUUGCCAAGUGCACUCCAUGCCCCAAGGAUCUUGAAGAGGAGUGCCCAACUGUUGGCCGCUCAGGAAACUUCAAGAAUUUCCAUUGUCCCCCAGGUUAUUACAAUGAUCUUGCUUCACUGUUCCUCAACACCAAUGGUGAUGCCAUCCGUAAUCUCUUCAGUGGUGGCACUAGUAAUGAGUUCCAUACGUCUACUCUUUUUCUAUUUUUUGCUGCAAUUUACGGCCUCGGACUUGUGACAUAUGGCGUCGCUGUACCUUCUGGUCUCUUCAUUCCUGUUAUACUUGCUGGUGCUACCUAUGGUCGAAUCAUUGGGACUCUUUUGCGUCCCAUCUCGGAUCUCGAUACCGGUCUCUUUGCCCUUCUUGGAGCGGCGUCUUUUCUUGGUGGAACUAUGAGAAUGACAGUCUCUGUCUGUGUUAUUCUCCUCGAACUGACUAAUGAUCUUCUAAUGCUCUCAUUGGUUAUGCUAGUUCUUCUUAUAUCCAAGACCGUCGCUGAUUGCUUUAACAAGGGAGUCUACGACCAGAUUGUUAUGAUGAAGGGCUUGCCUUACAUGGAGGCUCAUGCAGAGCCUUACAUGAGGCACUUGGUUGCAGGGGAUGUUGUCUCAGGGCCUCUUAUUACCUUUUCUGGCGUGGAGAAGGUGAGAAACAUAGUAGAGGCAUUAAGAUUGACCGGUCAUAAUGGAUUUCCAGUGAUUGAUGAGCCCCCAUUCUCAGAUGCUCCUGAGUUGGUUGGGCUAGUGUUGCGAUCUCAUUUGCUCGUUUUGCUGAAAGGAAAGAGAUUUACGAGGGAAAGGGUGAAGACUGGGGUAAAAGAGAUCUUACAAAGGUUCGGUGCCUUCGAUUUUGCUAAAGCUGGAUCGGGUAAAGGACUGAAUUUUGAAGACUUGAAUAUCCUUGAAGACGAAAUGGAUAUGUUUGUUGAUCUCCAUCCAAUUACAAAUACAUCACCCUACACAGUGGUUGAGACAAUGUCAUUGCCCAAAGCUGCUGUCCUAUUCAGAGAGCUUGGGCUUAGGCACCUUUGUGUUGUGCCAAAGACUCCAGGGAGGCCUCCUAUUGUAGGAAUUCUUACACGACAUGACUUCACGUCGGAGCACAUCCUCGGACUAUUUCCCCAUAUCCAUCCCCACAAAUAGGCCUCUGUGUUGCAAUUUGCUCUCUUUUUUGUCUGUCAUAUUUCUUGAUAACUAUCCUUUUUGUUUUUGUGAUUUUUUUCUUUGGGGGGCAAAAAGAUCAAUGAAACUUAACGGAAUUGAUUGGAUGGUGCUUGCUGCAAA